GCAGCGAAGGAGGAGGCAUGGAGGAGCUGGGCUGCACCUGGGCUUGGUACGCCGUGCUGCCCUUACUCCUGCCUGCCCCAGGUCUGUCCCUCAGCCCGGAGCUGCCGGUGAGGAGCUUUGGUGUGAAGGCCACCAUCGUUUCCCGCUACGCUUCCACCUGUGUGUGCGGCGCCGUGCACAACCCCGACGCCCGGCCGCGCCGCGCCGCCUUCCAGCUGGACCUGCCGCCUGCUGCCUUCAUCACCAACUUCACCCUGUAACGAGGAGGGGCUGCGUGCCCACAUGGGACACUCGGCUGGGUGAGGAGAGGCAGCCGUGCACAGCUGGACUUGCUGUUUUC